UACCAUCACCGCCCCACGCACCUCCAUGACCUUUCUUUCCAUUUCAAUCUGAUAUGCCUAGCUGUGAAUUCCCCAAAGGAAGGAAAGUGUAUCCCGACAUAGGUUCUUGGUUCUUUAAACAAACUGAAUUCAUUCAGACGAUCUUGGUUCUUCAUGAAUCUUGAUCCCCAUCUUUCCAGUCGUUUCUGAACUUCUUUUUUUCCCACUUAAAGUGAAUCCCGACACAGGGGUCUUUACUACCUUUCACUUUCCAGCAGUUCUUGUGAAGUUGAAAAUGGGGGCUGAAUUGUUCAGAAAGUAUGUUAGCAGUUCGGUGAUGAUUUGCUACAGAUCAGUUGUGAAGCAUCCGUUUCUUGUUGGUAUGGGUUUUCUUUUGAUUUUGAUGUACCGAUUAUUUCCUUUGUUAUUUUCGCUUCUGGUAUCUGCUUCUCCUGUUAUCGUGUCCACUGCUGUUCUUCUUGGAACUCUGUUAAGUUUUGGUCAGCCAAACAUACCCGAAAUCGAAAAAGAAUCGAAAUCUGAUAGAGAUGAGAUUCAGAAAUUGGAAACUAAGGUUAUGGGUCAUACUGAAAUUGUUGGAAGAGAUGGAAGUUUUGCUUCUGUGGAAACUAAUGGGAGUAGAAUUGAGAUUGGGGAGAGAACUUCUGUUAAUGAUGAUCCUUCUGUUGGUUUGGUUGAUGAUAAUGGGUUCAUAACCGAAGAAAAGAGUGAAAAUCUGCAAUUUCGGGAAGAACAUUUAGUAGAAGAAGCAAAGAAUGAAAUGGGUGAUCAUGGGAUUGAUGUGGAUGAAGAGAAAGAUGUUUUGGGAAGCCAUUACACUCCGCUUCAGCAGUCGGAAAGUGAUGAUAAGUUAUGGGAGGGUUCAGCUGAUCCAUUGAAUUCUGAUUCUGGUUUGUUGUGGAAACGAAUGGAAGGUGACGAUUCUGAGGAUGAUGAAGGAUCAGACUCGGGAUCUGAUCUUGCUGAAAGUUCAUCACCAGACGCGUCGAUGGCUGAUAUCAUCCCAAUGCUUGAUGAACUCCAUCCACUUCUUGCUGAAGAAUCAGAAACUCGUGAAUCCGAUCACAUUUCCACUCACAUUCCAGCCAUUGAUGCUGUUUCAGAACAUUCCGUUGAAUCAAGUGACAGCAGUAGUGAGUCUCAUGAUGAUAAUGAUGAUGGUGGUGGUGAUAUUGAAAACCAUGAAGAUUUAGAAGUUGGAGAUGACGAAGAUAAAGAAUCAAAACAUACUGACAAAGAGGACGAGAUCAGAUCUGUUAUAACUUGGACAGAAUAUGACCAAAAGAAUCUUAUGAACUUGGGAACAUCGGAGCUGGAAAGAAACCGGCGGUUGGAGAAUCUAAUUGCAAGGCGAAGGGCGCGAAAAACCAUGAGGAUGCAAGCUGAAAAGAAUUUGAUAGACUUAGAAAGUUCCGAUAUUCCUUGGAACAUUCCUCCCAUUUCAACUACAAGAAACAACCCUUUUGAUAUAUCUUAUGAUUCGAACGACAAUGUUCCUGGUUCUGCUCCAUCUGUUUUGUUACAAAGAAGGAAUCCGUUUGAUCUCCCUUAUGACCCGAGCGAAGAGAAACCUGAUUUGGUUGGAGACACUUUCCAACAAGAAUUUGCAGCCAUUCAGCCAAAGGAACCAUUCUUCCGUAGACAUGAAAGUUUCAACGUAGGUCCUUCUAUUUUCGGGGCUUCAAGAAGCGAGAGGCAAGAAACGAAGCUGAGACCUUAUUUUGUACCCGAACGAAUUGCUUCUGAUGGGACAAGCUUUUCUACCUUUCAAAGACAAUUAAGUGAACUUAGUGACUCUAAGGUGACUGAUACAGAGUCCAUUUCUUCAGCUGGUGAUCUUGAAAAUAAGGGCCAUAUCGAAGACGACCUUUCUCUAGAACCAGAACCGAUUUCUGAAAAAGAGCAUGAACAUGUAUCUGAUGAUGUUAUUCAGGUAACACCGUACUUUGUACCUGAGCAGGUUGCUUCUGCCUUUCACAGACAAAUGAGUGAACUCAGUGACUCGAAGGUGAGCUCUAUACCCGAUACAGAGUCCAUUUCUUCAGAUGGAAAUCUUGAAAAUAAGGACCCGAUUGAAGAUGACCUUUCUCAAGAAGCGGAACUGAUUUCGGUAAUAGACCAUGAACAUCCUUUCAGGAUAAGAGAACAUUUGGAGUUAAUUUCUACAGGUGAGCAUGCUCCGAAGGCAAACGAACAUGUAUCUGAGCACGUGUCUUCUGAAGAUGAUGGCAAUGUGGAAUCCAUUCAAGUUGAAAAAGAAGAUAACGAACUUGAUGAGGCUGAAAUAAGUGUUGGGAACUUGACAAGUCAACAAGAAGUAGCAUUGCAUUUUCCUGAAACUGAGAAUGUAGCUCACUUGAAUUUGGGUGGUCAAGAAUUGCAUAGUAGUGCAUCGAGUUUGUCAUCGUCUUAUGAAGUGAGUGACCAAAUAUAUGACGAGAAAGAAGAUGAUGAGAUGCCAACAUCAGUUGCGGAAACAGAUUAUUAUUUCAUGGAUCGUGGUAACUCGAUAGAGACGUCUGAUAUAACAAGUUUAUUGGUGGAAGAGAGUCAGCCAAAGGAACCUAUAUACGAUUCAAGUCCUCGAGGUGUUACAAAGAACCUCUCGUCUUCCUCAAUUUCUACUGAUCUGCAAACAGACGUAAUCGAGAAGGGUCAGUCGCUGCCAAAUUCAGAGAGAACCAGUUCUGUUUCUGGCAGAGAGUCUCAAGAAACUGUGCAGAAAACAGAGACGGAUUGCGCUAAUAAUGAUGCAGAGUUUGUAGAUUCAUCAGAGCCGGAUGCAGCAGAGGAGAUUGAAUCAAGGAGCAUUACAGAUGUAAGAGAAUUUAACACUCAGAUAUUUGGUAUGUUAAGAUGUGAUGCUAAUACUUUAUCUGUUCAGAAUAAUUUGAUCGACUUUCAGCAUGCUGAGGACCAACAUCAAGAAUCAAGCUUUGUUGCAGAUCUCAAGUGGAAUUCUACAGAUUCUUCUAGUCCUGAAACUAGGGAUACUCAAAACCAAAUUCCAGCUGUACCAGAUAACGAAGAACCACUGUCGGCUGGUGAUAGCAUUUCAACAUCCUUAUUGAAUAAGCCCCUUUUUGAAACAGAGGAUGGUCUAUUGGAUAUGGAUGCAUAUCAUCAGCUAGAACAGGUUGAAGUUCCCCCAUCCAAUUAUCAUGAAAGAUUUGUUGAAGGUACUCACCAAGAAGAAGUUAUAUCUCAACCAGAGGAGUCAUCUCUGUUAGGUAGAUCCAUGGAGAAACCAUCGGCAGAGGAUCAUGAAGAAUUGCAGGGUCAUGAGCUUGACGGAGGUCACUUCGUCUCAUCAAAUAGUGAAGUACAAUCCGAGGAGGUUGUCCAUGGUGAAACAUAUGAAAACCCUUUCCCUACGCAUCACCAAUUCGAAUCUGAAGAAGAAGCGAUAUUACAACCACAUAAAGAGUUCCCAUCUGCAAACAAACCAUCAGAAGAGAAUCCUGAAGUAUUGCAGAUCCAAGAGCCAGAGAACAACAUUUCACCAAGUAUCAACUGUGUCUUGAAUCCUGAAACUGAUGUGGUUGAAGUUGCUGGUAUUGAAACUAAAGCACCAGAAACUUUGGCAUAUACAAGUGACGUUCAUAGUAUUGAAAGUAAGAACACGCCCAAUAACGUUGAUGAUGUAGAUGAGAUUAACGAGAUUGAUGAAAAUUUACUAGUGGAACUGGAUGCUGUUGGCGAUUUCAGUUUCAAAGGUUUGGGAUCAACUUCAAAUGAGAUGAAAGAGGACCAACAUGCCUCAGAGCAUGAUCUUGAAAAUAAGCAUUCUGCUCAUGAAGAUUCUUAUUCCAAUGAUUUAGGAUCGAUUUUGAACGAGAUGAAACAGGACCCACAUGCCUCGGAGCUUGAUCUUGAAGAUAACCCUUCUGUAGAUGAAGAUUCUUACUCCAAGAAUCUAGGGUCGACUUUGAAUGAGAUGAAACAGGACCCGCAUGGCUUGGAGCAUGAUCCUGAAACUAAUUCUUACUCCAAAGAUUUGGGAUCCACUUUGAAUGAGAUGAAACAGGACCCACAUGCCUCAGAGCAUGAUCUUGAAACUAAUUCUUCUAUGGAUUUAGGAUCAGUAUCGAACGAGAUGAUACAGGACCCACAUGCCUUGGAGCAUGAUCUUCAAACUAACCCUUCUGUAGAUGAAGAUUCCUACAUUGAGGAUUUGAAAUCUGGUUUGAAUGAAAUGAAACAGGAGCCAAGGGCCUCGGGGGCGCAUAGUCUUGAAACUUUCUAUUCUGUAGAUGAAAAUGCUUUCAUCAAGGAUAUAGAAUCUACUUUGAGUGAGAUAAAACAGGAUCCACGGACCCUGGAGCGUGACCACUCCACCGAUAUUUCUGAAACAAAAAUUAAAACAGAUGCAGAAGAAAGAACGAAGGCUGAGGAUGAGAAGGAAAUUAGCAACACUGAGGUUGAAGGUGCUUCUGAAGCAUCUAGUACCGCGAUGGUUAACCAUGUAAGAGAGAAUGUGUUGAGUACAAGUAAUACUGAUGAUAAAGAAUGAGAAGGAAGAAAGGAAGGGAAGGAGGCAGGAAGUCAUUAUAUAAGGUGUUGGGGCUUUUUGCUUGUUUGGGUUUUGCUUGCAUUUGAGAUGAUGUACUCUCUUGGUUUUUGGUUUCUGGUUUCUGGUUUCUGCAAUUGGGGAUUCAACUUUUGGAUUUGUUUAUGAAAACCUUUUGGUGUUCUUUGGGAGGAGGUGUUUUUUUCCUUUGGGGGGUGGGUGGGUGGUGGUGGUUAAGAAUAUGUUUGUCUCUUCAUUUUUUUUUUAAUUUCAAAUGUAAAUUCUAAGGUUGGGGGUUGUUUUGGGGUUCAUGAACCCCAUGGUGUGUUUUCAGUUGUGAGUGUAAAGGUAUGUAGUUUGAGGAUUAAUGUAAUACAGGUUGUGUUUUCUCU